GGGGAGGUGAGCUGAGCCGGGGAGAAAGAAGCGUCGGUUAUUCCGCCAUGUUUUGUUCCGAGCUUGUUCGUAAUUGCACAAUAAAACGGUGUAGUUUGAACGUAUAAAGUGUGAGACUUUCCAGUGUAAAGAUAAUCACAAAAUUCAGUGUAUGUUUGAGAGCUGUAUUCAUUACCCAAUCAUGUACGGUUCUCUAAUCGACUUCUCUGCCUUUGUCGUCUAUGCAGUCUGGAAUGUCGUAUACUAUACCGUUGAGAACAUCUUUUUCUAUGCAAGAGAGACCACCAAGAUUUUUAGAAUUGUUUUACAACGUUUCGCAUACCUGACGAAGAAUGGGCUUUCGUACUUGCAUGAAAAGGCAGUAAAGGCCAUCAUAAAGUUCCGAACUUAUAUGCUGACAGAUGCUUGUAUGUUUUACAUUGGAUCAAUUCUUGGAAUGUCUGCAGCCUGGAUCGCAGGGAAAGUCUUCGAAUCAGUUCUCAUCCUGGCUGUCGCUAAUGUAUUCGUCGGUCUCUUCGGCAGCGCUAUUAUCAUUCUUAUUUUCAUAGUAAAACUGAAAAAUAAUUCACUGAGGAUGGGGCACAAGAUAGACAUUUAUAAAGUUAUGGAAAAGCACUUCUAUUGUCUAGCUGUUGCUGGUAUUGGAAUCCAUGUCGCGAGCUUCAUCAGUGAUUCAAGCUUUACUCUGAAUCUCUUCUGCGUUUACAUGAGCGUAUGUUUACUGCUAGCAGCAUGCGCAAAGUAUCCCUCACGCUUGGCAAUUUAUCGAUUCUCACUCAUCCCAAUGAUGCUGAUCAUCAUAAGUAUGAUAUUCGGCUGCGUAUUCAUCGCAGGAGUGUACAUCAAUUCAGUUGCUGCAAUGUGUGGAGGCUGUAUUUUAUUUGCUAUUUUUGGUGCAGCUUGUGUACUGUAUUCGCUAUACAAAUCCAAAGAAGCCAAAAACCAACUAUAUUUGUACCAAAACAAAAGACUUUGCUGCUUUUGGAUAGCUCCGUUUGGAAUUAUUAACAUCUUUGCUCUCAUUGCUGGUAUAGAAGGAGCUUUCAAAGAUACUUCUACGGAAAAUAAGUAUUUGAUGCGAUUUUUCACUUAUAGUAUGGCAUCCAUUUAUUUCAGUCCCUGCUUCGACGUAAGGACGCAUUCUGAAUAGGUAUAAGUAUGAACAAUAGCUCUUCAAUUAUUCAAGUACAGAUGAGCCUGUACUGCAGCUGACAGUCCAGAAAAAGUAAACGAAUAUAUGAGAACUUAACCAGUACGAAGUUGUGUAACUAUACAGUGUCAGACCGCCAGUCUUCAAAGAUGAUGAAACCAUAACUCUGAAGUAAUUUAUAUGACACAAUAUGUAAUAAUAAAAUCAGUUUGUACU